GCCUGUCCAUCCAUCAAAGCGGGGUCGGUGUUUCAUUGGUGAAAGACUAGCCGUCGUCUCUGACUCUCGCGGUACUGCUGCACGAAGAUGGCGGCCGAACUGGUGGAAGCGAUGAACAUGGUCAAAAGUUUCCGGGUCUCAGACCUGCAGACGCUGCUGGCCUCGAUGGGCCGCAGCAAAAGUGGGCUGAAACAGGACCUGGUGGGCCGUGCACUGAGGCUAGUGCAGACCGAAUACAGCCCGGAGCUUCUGAAGAACGUCAGGCAGCUCUACGAGUCGCGCUUCCCCAAAACAUCUGGCUGGCUUGCGGCGCGGCGUCCAGAUGGGGUACCUGUUGGCUACUCAUCCCUCAGCUCCUCCCCCACUGCCACCUCUCAGGGCGCAGACUACCUCAACGGCAUUUCCAAACCGGUCGCCACACCUGCAGCAGAGGUCAAGCUGGUGCCACUGCCCUUUUACCAAACAUUGGAGACACUGUUGUUACCAACAGAGCUAAUUUCCCAGAACAAUGAGAAACUGCAGGACAGUCAAUGCAUAUUUGAAUUAACACCAAACCAAGCUGACCAGAUCAGAAAUGCAAGUGAGCUUCGUCCAGGAAUGAGAUCAAUCCAAGUGGUUCUGAGAAUCUGUUACACUGACUCCAUUGGUGUACAGGAAGACCAGUAUCCUCCCAACAUUGCUGUCAAAGUCAACCAGUCGUACUGUCACGUGCCGGGCUAUUACCCCUCUAAUAAGCCCGGUGUGGAGCCCCGCCGUCCUUGUCGCCCUGUUAACAUCACCCCCUGGUUGCAUCUCUCCACUGCCACCAACCGAGUCACCGUCACCUGGGGAAACUUCGGCAAGCGGUACUCUGUGGCGGUGUACCUGGUGAGGGUUUUCACUGCAGCCGACCUCUUCAGCCAACUCAAGCUGUGCUCCGAGGAGAGCGCAGAGCGCUGCCGUGAACGCAUUCAAGAAAAACUACGUUUUGACCCGGAGAGUGAAAUUGCGACAACGGGCCUCCGUGUGUCUCUCAUCUGUCCACUGGUGAAGAUGCGGCUCGGUGUGCCAUGUCGAGUUUUAACCUGCGCCCAUCUUCAGUGUUUCGACGCCGUCUUCUUCCUGCAGAUGAAUGAAAAGAAGCCCACAUGGACUUGCCCGGUGUGCGACAAGCCGGCCCCCUUCGAGCUGCUCACUAUUGAUGGGCUGCUGUCCGAUAUCCUGAAAGAGACGAGUGAGGAAAUCGAGGAGAUCGAGUACCUAACUGACGGAUCCUGGCGACCCAUCCGAGAUGAAAAGGAGAGGGACCGAGAAAGAGAACGCAGCAACACGCCAGAGUACCCCGUUGUCGAUAUAUGCAUUCCCGAGGCCAACGGCCAUUCGCCGGCCCACAGCAGCACCAGCCUGACGGGCAAAUCCGGGAGCGGUUCUGUGGGGACGGCGGGGGGACCUGUGGCAGGAGGCGCGGUGGUAGAUCUGACUCUUGACUCCUCCUCUGAGGAGGAGGAAGGCGGAGGGGCGGGAGGAGACAGCGAGGACACUGAGGACAGCGCCGACAGUCCGGCGCCGAAGAGGGGCCGAUACAACUACGACAAGGACCUGGUCACGGCCUACUGACCCGCCUCCCCCUCCAGCUCGGUCCCCUCGCAGACUGACGCGCAUACAGAGACAGAGAGGCGGGAGGCUGAAGGGACAGGAGACACACUAACCCACUAGAUGCAACAACCCUCCCCUCAUUCCUCAGAACGUCGGAGCCUUUUAGCAGCUCUCCGGUUUGUAUCCAGUCCAAACACACUCAAACAAGCUGGUAGGAUUCCUCUCUGUACUGCACACCGCUGGAAGCAACUCUAGCUCUUCUUGGCCAACACUUACCUUGCAGUGAACAUCUGUACCGUCCCGCCUCUACUCAACAAGACUGAAUGGAUCGUGCACCCCCCUCCCCCCCCCCCCCCCCUCUCUCUCUCUCUCUCUCUCCAGACUAUUCCCUCUCCACCACCUCAUCUCUCUUUGUAUUUGUCUUGGAAUUACUGGCUCUUUCAGCCGUGGGCGUUCGAUGUGUGCGCCUUUUUUGAUUUUUGUCACAUUUGUGAUGAACAACAAGUUUAAAAUCGGGCUCCUCGUGCAGCUUUUGGUAAAAGGGUCAAAAACAACUGAUGGAGAGGGUGGAAAUUUGUGGGGGAAGACACGAGAUCUCUGGAGUGAUGAAAAUUAAAACCUCUCCCAUUGUGUUUUUCUUUCUUCAAAAUAUGAAUUAAAACCGUGAAAUAUAUUUUUUUUCCAGGAAUUUAUCCUUUUUAACAAUGAAAGGGCAGAUCACAAUACUGGCCUCAACAUGUGAUGCUUUCUAUUUUUUUUUUAUUUUGACCUUAGAUAAAGAGAACCUACCUCAGUCAUAAAAUUGUUGCCGACUGACCAGAGAGUAGCUUAGAAAGAAGUGGACAGAGAAACCGGUCAGUCUUUAUGAAGCCAAUUUUACACUGGAUAUUUAGUUUUCCUUUUUUUAUUUUUUAUUCCAUCGCCCCGUACCGCUCUGCAGCCGCCGGGCCUUUUCUUAAAGGGUGAGAGUUUUCUGGAUAAGCAAACUAACUGCAGGUGUCAGUGAAGUUGCGGGUUGAACAGAAUUGCAGUUCUUGCGCUGUGGAAGGAUUUGAUAGGAGUGAUUAUAACGGCAUUACAUAUUGACGAAACGCAUCACAAUCACUGUGCCAAAGCAGAUCUGUUUUAAGAAUUCACUGACGACGAGAUUUAGUUGCCUUUUUUUUGUUCUUUUACUUUUAAUUUGCGUGGUGAAGAUGGGAGCCCAUUGUUUUACGGCUCGCUGAUCCGACCCCAGUCUGAGAGUAGGGUUUUAUUUAGUUGAGGGUUUUUUGUUUUUCAAGCUGGAGGCAUCGACAGAGAGGCAGAACACAAUCUGUGGUAAAGGACCGAUCAAGAGGAGCCCAAACACCCCCCCCCCCCCCAACACACACACACAUUUUGAUGUGCGCUUCUUGAAGUAUCAUAUUUAUUUAAUAGAUUCUCAUUUUCUUCACCGUUGUGUGUAAUCAGUUGACUCAACGUUUGGCUGUUGUUCUGUGCGUACAGAAGCUGUCGCUGCUGUGGUUUGAGUGUUUAGUUAAAAGCCGGUUUCGGGCUCACUCGCCUCUUCUUUUCCCUCUGAAUGAAUCUGACACGAGUCAAAGCACCUUUUUUUGGGGGGGGGGGAUUGGGGUGGUUCAACGCGCCUGACGCCUCGAGGCUUAAUCGAGUGUCUGAGUGCAGCCCCCCCGUCGCGCUUAAAGUCAUUGAUUGGAUUGCAAAUGGUCUCGUCUGGAACUUCAGCCAACCAUCCCCGUCUAUUCGCCAGAAAAGGACUAAUUGCUACAUGCUGUAUCUUUCACCAGGUAUUCCGCUCCACCUGCAGUAGUGUUGUUGGGCCCCCCCCCAGAGAAGGAGGUGCUGCGUGCGCAGGCUUUAGCUUUCCUCUGCAGGAAGGUUAAUCAGUGUUUGCUCGGAGGUGAGAAAAGGUGUCGCUGUGUGGCAAGAGCUGUUUGCACUUUCAUCCGAUUCGCCAUCCUGACUUUAAGGCUUAUUUAUUUUGAAGCCCUCAUGUGAGUAGUGAGUAUUAAUCCGGGACCUCUGACCUUUUUUGAUCAGUUCUUCUCAACCAUCUCUUGGGGUUAGGGGGUGAGUUGAAAAGUGACUCAGAUGAACGCCACGUUGAAUGUUUCCCCGAUGUCGUCAUUCCUUUGUUACUGAUUGAUCAGCACAGGAUCUUUUUUUUUUUUUUUUUUUUGGCCUUGCUCAUAAGCACGGGGAAAUGACAUCCACGCAUCGAUCGAGGCCUCGCCAUUGCGAGCGCGUCCGCUGACAUAUUUGAUUUGGGAAAAGUAGGUAGUCAAAUCUGGUCUUCCAUUUUCCUCCUCCUGACACUGAGGUGGUUUACAGAAUCAAUAUACUGUUGAUCCACACAAAAUUGAUUGAUGGCGUCAUUACCGCCCGUAGUACAUCAUUCUGUCCCUGAAAAGGAAAUUCUAUCGAAGCGCUUUGAACCUAUGUAAUGUAAAGAACUCUAAUACCUUUCUUUAACUAGGCAAUUUGUAUUUGUAAGUAACUGCUAUACAUAUAAAAAAUGACAAUGUUCACUUGUCUCUGUAAAAAAAGUUGAAUUGUCUGAGUGGAUCCCCUAAAACUUUUCUUUGCCUUAUGGUUAAAGAUGAGAGGUGGUUGCGUCUGUGGAACUGAGCCAGAAACGUUUGCGGGUUGUUUGGGAGCCGGACAGAGAGAGAGAGAGAGAGCUGAGGGUUUGUUCUUUUUGUAGUCGCAUCUCUUCUUCUUAUAAUGCAUAAGGUAGCAUGGGCAGAGGCUUACAAUCCAUGAUGUAAAUGUUUUGUUUGUUGUGUUUUUUUAUAUGUUCAUAUUAAAAGACAAUAAAAUUAAAAUAAUAUUUUAUUAAGCCUUGAAUCGCCUCCAGUUGUUACUCCCAGGCAAACGGACAAUAAGAAUGCUGUUGGGGGGCAGCAGCAGCAGCCGAAGCCACAGAGGACUGGGAGAACUGGUUGUGAGGUGGAGAUUGUUUUGUCCUGUACCAAAUGCUCUGACCUGGGGACACAACAUGAUGCCUGUUGACGAUGAAACUGUACAAUUUGAAAUGAUCGUAUUCUAACCGCUGUUAUUGACGUGUGGAAUUAAUUAAAAUCAGUUCUUAAAAAAAACUAAA